AUGGACAGUAAGCACAAUGCAGAAAAUCCGCCGAUAGCAGAUUUUGAUCUAGAUAGCAAGGAGAAGAAGGAUAUACAAAGAGUAACUACAAAAACGCCAUCGUUGAAAACACUGAUCAACUGGAAUAUAUCUAAAGCACUAAAAAGUAAUCCUGGAAUUGACUUGAAGGUAGCGUUGCGAGAAGCAGAAGAGCGGUUGGACGAGGCGCACGAUGCGAAGACUCUGGUGUCUCCAGACGCGCGCAACCUUUGCUGCGCCCUCCUGGCCUGGCAGCAGCUCGGCCACCGUAGAGCCGAUAGCUUAUUCAAUUUUAUUAAAACUCUAAAAGAAGAAGAAUUUGAGCUUCAACGAAAUAUAGAAAGUCUAUGUAAAAGGACUAGUUACGAAAGUGAUAAUCCUACCCGCUCUGUUAUAUCGCCUCUUAAUGUACCUGGGUCCAAAAAUUCGAGCCUCACGCCUUGUCAGUGGGGUAGUCCUACCAAGAUGGAUUUCAGCACUUCCAUCGGGCUCGUGGCAUGUUGCCUGGACAAAAAGUGCAUGGAGCGUCUGACGAGCAUGGAGGGGGAGACGCAGGAGUUGAGCAAGCGCGCCGGGCAGUUCGCGCGCCGCGAGACACGGCGCGCCGAGCAGCUGGAACGCGCCGAGAUGGCCUGGCGAGACCUCGACGCUUGCUACCAGCGCCGGCUGCGGGUCGCCAAGGAAAAGGAGGAGGAGUAUGAAAAACAGAUGGCAAGAGUUUUGGAUGAGAGGAACAAAUACAAGCAGGCGUGUAUGCCGCUGGUGGACGCGUUAAAGAAGAAAAGCUCAGUGGCGGAGAAGGAGCAAGAAACAUUGAAGCAGCUCGAGAAGGAGGUGUGUUCGCGGGCGUGCGCACGGGUCCAGCUGGCCGAAAACGCCGCGCGCGUCAACGCACAGCUCACGGACCAGCAGUGCAAAUGUUCCCAGCUCGACAGAAACUUAGCGUGGAAAGAGGAGCACGAGCGAAGUAAACAGCGUGCGCUGGAGGACGCGGCUGAGGUGGCCAAGGUGCUGACGCACGAGGCGGAGUGUGCGCAGCGCGCAGAACUGGAGGCUCUCCGCAGGCAGGUGGCGCAGGCUUCACAGGACUUGCUGGAGGAGGACGCUCGCACGGCGCUCUUGAAGAAACGAAUAGAAGAUUAUAUGCAAGAAAAAAAUGAAAUGAUAGAAGACUUAGAAGCUUGCCAGACAAAGUGUGAAGGUCGUAUGGGAGCAUUAGUUAAAGACUUGAAGUGUAAAAGAGAUAAGCUUGCAGAGUUAAAAGAUAAGAUGAUGGAAUGCCGCUGCAAAGAGCCCGUAGACCAAGCGGUGGAGGUGAAGCGGACGCCGUCGCUGGCCGCGUUGUGCAGGUGCUCGCCAAGCGAUACGAUUCAGGGAUCCUGUUCGUGUACGUCAAUACGAAGUCGGCUUCUCUCGUCACUCCUUAAGGAUUUGUUUAACGGCCUAAAAUCGGAAAUGGAGACCAUCGGCUCACAGAUGCCUUGUCACCUCUUGAAGUGUCUCGAAGACAAGCAUAAUUGGGACCAAACUACUGAUGUCAAGCAAAACGUUCGUGCUUAUUUUUCCCGACUUUUGCUCGGUGAACUUGACAUCGCUAUUGCAACAGUCAUUGAAAGGAGCCACGCACAGUGGGUGGGUGAAUGUUGCGUUGAUAUGAAACCGCAAGUUUCACGAGACUCCAGGCACAGCUUACGGUGGCAAGAACAUGAGCUCGAGAUGAAGACGCAGAAGCUGGCUAAUCAGCUAGCCGAAAAGAUGUUCCGAGAGAGAGCGAAAGAAUUGGCCAAGCAAGCCCAACAAGAACUACAAGAUAGUCGUCCUCCAUGCGAAUGUGACCUCAACGACACAGCACAGUAUUCAUCAGCCCUAUAUCGUUGCCUGGUUCAACCUUAUCCAGAUUGUCAUAUGAACAAGAUGAAGAAUGGAGUGAUUGUUGCUUCUAGCCAAGUUCAGCGUAGAAAUAAUCCUAUACCUCAAAUUAAGCAAAAUAGGUCUUCGAAAAAAGACGCGAAUGGGACUGUGACGACUCUGCCAAAAUACUUGUAUCCAACAGACAAAAUAGGAAGAAAAUAUGUUAAUAAUCGAAGGCCUGAAUCGAUAUUGACAAAUAAAGCCAAUGAUUGUAAACCUGCUACAACUCGAAGAGUCCUAAACAAUACUGCGAGAAAACUUAAAUCAUAUCAAACUGAAUGUAAAAAAAGUAAAACCACUUUUGAAAAAUGUGCAGAAACACAACAACACGACAAGAAUAUUAAAUCACUAAAAGACAGUAAGAAAACUCUUGAUGAAGAAGAUAAGUGUCCUAAAGCCAUUGUAUCUAGCCAGAUGCAGAUAAAGCAGUCAAAAUUAUUGAUGGCUAUAAAUUUAAACGAUGCUUUGUACCAUUGCGAUGAUAAUGUAAAAAUUAUCAAAUCAAACACUAAACGUCCAUUACCCAUCAUGUCUUCUGUUAAAUCUGUACCUGUUAAAGCGGAGAUACAAAAAAAAUCGUUUGAAAACUCCUUUCCAAUAAUAAGCAAAAUAAACCUCGAUAAUUACAAUGGAAUCGAUGUGUCUAUCAACAAAAACAAUAUUGCGGAAUUAAAGUUACCUGUGACGAAUAUUUCCGAAUGUUCUGCAGUACGGUGUCAAGAUGGUGAAAAAUGUAUUCAAUGUUUGGGAGCAACACUUGCAAAUGCAAUGCGCAAACGUUCGUUGAUUAAAAACGAUAAUCAUAUUUUGGAUUUUGAACAAAAAAACAGUUAUAAUUUAAGUACAUUAAAGAAUCAACAUGUCAUCAAAGAAAUUGGCGAUGUUGCAAAGUUUCCUGCUAGUAAUACAAACACUCGCUGCCAAAAUUACAUCCAGUUUUUAGGCGUUACACUUAACAACGCAAAAGCAAAUCUAUUAUUGAAGCGGGAUGCAAAAAAAUCUAGGAACCAAAAAAGUUAUAAAAGAAAUCAUCGAGGCAAUUUGUUUGAGGAUAAACGAGGAAACAGUCAUAACAAAUCUGACGAUAAGUUAGUCAAGUUGAAUACAAAUAGAGAUGUACGUAAAACAAGAUAUGCAAUUAAUCGAAUUAAAGCACUGAAUGUGUUACAUGUUCACAAUGAAUGUGUCUAUCCGCGGACUAAGGUUGGGAAUUUGAAUAAAGAUAAGUCUGUAGAUGUUCAAAAUAAUAGCAAUGACGUCUUAAGUCCUGAUGAACCUUGCGUAUGUUGUCCGAUAACCAAGGCAGACAAUAAAAAUGAUUUGGAAGUAAAUGCUUUUCAAUUGUUGGAAGAUCAUUUAAAAGGUAAAUUAGAUGAAUUUAGGCGUUCAGCCUGUAAAUCCUCUUGCAUACCAAACGCGGACGAAAAAAGUGUUUUGGGUGAUACUAUAGUCAAGAUUAAAAAACUUAUUCUGGAAAAUGCAAAUAAAGUUACCUGUAAUUGUGGUGGAAAUAACCAAUCCAGCAAUGGAAGCUGGAACAGAGCAUAUAGUUUAUUACAUGAGUAUUUGAAAACUAAAAUUGAACAUGUAAAAUGUACCUGUAGUUCGGUCGAAUAUAGUCGAGAUGAGAAUUUGGUGACGCGUGUUUUAAGUCAAAUAAGUUGCUUAAUUGAAAAUGAUUUACAACGACUUAAAAAUAUAUGCAAAUGCAAUGAUACGACAUUAGGCACCAUCAGUAAACGGGAAUCGCAUAUGACGCAUGAACCUCAAUGUAGUAUUAGUGAUUUAAAUAAUCACAAUAAUAUGAUAAUAACGAAUGCCAUUGAAAAAAAUAACAUGCCAAUAGUUGAAUCUAAAUUUGUUAAUUACAAUAACGGUGGUUCACUGCCGCACAAUAAAUCAGCACAAGUUUUGCUUCAACAUUCAGUUGAAACCAAGUCAUGCGAUGCUUUAAAAAUAUAUAAUAAGUACUCUGGAGUACAAACAUUAGACGUAAUGAAAACUAAGCUUGUUGUAGAUAAUUACAUUAAUAGUGAACGUGAUGAUGUUAAACCUAUCACCAACCAACGAGACAACGAUAGUUCCACCAAGAAAGCCGAGAUCAAGUCAAAUCUUCAUCCUGAUAUGCCAAACAAUGAGCUUACUAAAGACACUACACCUUUUCAAAAAAGAGACAUCACAGUAUUGCCUAUAGAAAUGUCACCAGGUAUAGACAUGGACAACUUGAGUAAAGUCCCUAAAGAUGGAGCAGAAAAGAAAAGAAGUGAUCCUAACAUAAUAUCGCGUUUCUUUAUAUGCUGGGUUUGUCCGGUACUCGUGAAAGGAAAUAGAAGGGAUGUCGAAGAAGAAGAUCUUAUUAUACCUAACAAACAGUAUGAUUCAAUUCGACAGGGCCAAAUAUUGGAAAGUUAUUGGAUGCAGGAGUACGAAAAAGCUAAAAGAGAAAACCGAAAACCAUCAUUAUGGAGUGCAUUACGGCGUGCGUACUGGCUCCAAUACAUGCCAGGAGCUUUCUUCCUCUCCAUCAACGCUGCAGCCAGGAUGAUGCAGCCGAUAAUUUUUACUGAGCUUCUGUCAUACUGGUCUGCGGAGUCCACUAUCACGCGAUUGGAGGCCGGGUACUACGCCUUGGGCAUGUUGGGACUCAAUUUCGUCGCCAUGAUGUGUCAUCAUCACAACACUUUAUUUGUUAAUAGAUUCAGUUUAAGAGUCAAAGUGGCAGCUACAUCUCUUCUAUACAGAAAGCUGCUGCGCAUGAGCCAGGUGUCGGUGGGCGAGGUGGCGGCGGGCAAGCUGGUGAACCUGAUGUCCAACGACGUGGCGCGCUUUGACUACGCGCUCAUGUUCCUGCACCAGCUGUGGGUGAUCCCGUUGCAAGCGGCUGCGGUCCUGUACCUGCUCUACAUCGCCGCUGGAUGGGCGCCAUUCGUCGGCCUGUUUGGCGUAGUGCUCAUUAUCAUACCCUUGCAAGCCGGUCUUACAAAAUUAACUGCUGUUGUAAGACGUAAAACUGCUUCCAGAACCGACAGGAGAAUAAAACUAAUGAGUGAAAUAAUAAACGGGAUUCAGGUUAUAAAGAUGUAUGCUUGGGAAAUUCCGUUCCAAGCAGUAGUGAAAAUGGCCCGAUCGCAUGAAAUAGCUUCAGUUAAGAAUGCCAUGAUCAUUCGUAGCAUAUUCCUUGGAUUCAUGCUAUUCACUGAAAGGACAAUUUUGUUCUUAACAGUUUUGACCCUCAUUUUAACUGGGUCAAUGAUCACUGCAACCACGAUUUAUCCUAUUCAACAAUAUUUCUCGAUUAUCCAGAUGAAUUUGACUCUUAUUCUUCCGUUUGCUAUUGCCAACCUCACGGAACUAUUUGUUUCGUUAGACCGUAUUCAAGAAAUUUUGGUAAUGGAUGAAAGAGAGGAUAUUAAUAACACACCAGGAGGAAAUAAUACUAUAAGACCAGUCUCAUUUGACUCUAAUCCUAUUAAACAAGAGCCAAAUUCUAUUGUACCCAAGAAAUAUACCCAUAACGAUGAAUUUACUAGACAACAACCAGACACCGCUAUAGGACGUCCAUCAGCAGCCGUCGACUACGCUUUAGAGUUGGCGGGAGUGACUGCCUCCUGGUCGCCGAAUGGCGACGAGACCACUCUUGCGAAUUUGUCGAUAAGAAUUCGCAAAGGCAAACUUUGUGCAAUGAUAGGCCCUGUUGGCUCCGGAAAAUCUUCAUUGUUACAAGUGCUGCUCAGAGAGUUGCCAAUAAGCAAAGGCAACCUCAAUGUCAAGGGACGGUUGUCGUACGCCAGCCAGGAUUCCUGGUUGUUUCCCGCAACCGUCCGAGAAAAUAUUUUGUUUGGACUGCCUUAUGACUCCAAUAAGUAUAAAGAGGUUUGUCGGGUUUGCUGCCUGUUGCCAGAUUUCAAACAAUUUCCAUAUGGUGACCUCACUCUCGUAGGCGAACGCGGAGUGUCUCUGUCGGGAGGACAAAAAGCGCGCAUUAAUUUAGCAAGAGCAGUCUAUCGUGAGGCGGAUAUUUACUUAUUGGAUGACCCUUUGUCUGCCGUGGAUGCCAAUGUCGGCAGAAUUCUGUUUGAAGAUUGUAUUAGAGGUUACCUGCACGGUAAAACUGUGAUUCUGGUUACCCAUCAAAUUCACUUCCUUAAAUCAGCGGACACUAUAGUAGUAUUGAAUGAAGGUGCUAUUGAAAAUGUGGGUAAUUACGAAGAACUCACCAAAUCUGGGAAAGAAUUUGCGUUACUCCUGUCAAGCUCCGACGAGAACGUUGCUGAACCCGGAGCUACUAAGCUCGAAGCGAGGCCAUCGAUGAAACGAGGUAUCUCGAGAGUAUCAAUCAAAAGCGAAAGUAGUGAAGUAGAAAAGGAGCAAAUCCAAGAAGCAGAAGAAAGAGCCAAGGGCAACCUGAAGUGGAAGGUCCUCUGGACCUACCUAUCCUCAGUGGAGUCGUGGUGUCUCGUAGCCACCACAAUAGUGGUGGUCUUGGCCACCCAGGCGGCUGCUACUGCCACGGACUUCUGGCUCAGUCUAUGGACUAAUAAUGUCGACGCCUACGAACAGGCUUUGCCAGCUGGGGAGGAGCCCGAUCCCGGUUGGAAUACUGAAAUUGGAAACUUGCAAAAUUGGCAUUAUUUACUCACUUAUGGCUGCUUAAUUUUGGGCAUCAUCGUGAUCCUACACACUCGAAUCUACGCCUUUGUUGUAAUGACAGUCCGAGCCUCACAAAAUAUUCAUAAUCUCAUAUUUAAAAAUCUUAUCAAUGCCUUGAUGAGAUUCUUUGACACAAACUUAUCUGGUCGAGUUUUGAAUAGAUUCUCAAAAGACAUGGGUGCGAUGGACGAAAUCUUGCCGCGAUCGAUGCUGGAAACCAUCCAAAUGUACCUCUCCAUGAUAAGCAUCCUAGUGCUGAACGCGUUGGCUCUAUGGUGGACGAUCAUACCGACCUUCGUUUUAGUUAUCAUUUUUAUUGUUCUCCUGAAAUGGUACUUGAAUGCAGCGCAAGCCGUGAAAAGAUUGGAAAGCACAACAAAGAGUCCUGUUUUCGGUAUGAUUACGUCUACAAUAUCGGGCUUGUCCACAAUUAGGAGCUCAGGUUCUGAAAAGAGGUUAAAUCAAUUAUUUGAUGCUGCACAGGAUCUACAUUCAAGUGCUUUUUAUACAUUCUUGGGAGCUCAAAGUGCAUUCGGAUUAUAUUUAGAUUAUCUUUGUCUCGCGUACCUGGGCACUAUUAUUGCCGUUUUCCUCGUUGUGGAUUUUGGUGAAUUGAUCCCGGUGGGUAGCGUGGGUCUUGCCGUUAGUCAAUCCAUGAUACUCACAGUGAUGUUACAAAUGGCCGCCCGGUUCACCGCCGACUUUUUGGCGCAAAUGACGUCGGUCGAGAGAGUGAUCGAAUACAGUGAGCUGCCAAAGGAAGAAAACAUGUAUGAAGGAAAAAUACAGGCGCCACCGACUUGGCCAUCUCACGGGGAGGUGCACUUCGAAAAUGUCUUUAUGAGAUACGGACCUGAAGAUCCGCCAGUUUUGAAUGAUUUGAGCUUCCAAAUUAAUAGUGGCUGGAAGGUGGGAGUCGUAGGCCGAACUGGGGCAGGAAAAUCAUCGUUGAUUUCAGCUCUAUUUCAACUUUAUCAGAUCGAUGGUAACAUCAAAAUUGAUGGAGUAAACAUCAAAGACGUGUCUAAACAGACCUUGAGAUCGAAAAUAUCUAUUAUUCCUCAAGAGCCCCUACUUUUCUCCGCUACAUUGCGGUACAACUUGGAUCCCUUCGAUACCUACAGUGACGACGAUAUUUGGAGAGCCUUGGAGCAGGUAGAGAUGAAGGAUGCUAUACCGUCGUUGAGCUACAAGGUCGCAGAAGGUGGCAGCAAUUUCUCGGUGGGGCAGCGGCAGCUGCUGUGCCUGGCGCGCGCCGUGCUGCGCUCCAACAAGGUGUUGGUGAUGGACGAGGCCACCGCCAACGUUGACCCUCAAACCGACGCACUGAUCCAGUCGACGAUCCGGCGCGUGUUCUCAUCGUGCACGGUGAUCACGAUCGCGCACCGUCUCAACACCGUGAUGGACUCCGACCGCGUGCUCGUCAUGGACAAGGGCCGCGUGGCCGAAUACGACUACCCCUACAUCCUGCUCAAGAACCCCAACAGCCUCCUCAACUUUAUGGUCAAGGAGACGGGUGAAAUGGGCAGGGCUCUUAACGACAUGGCCAAGGCUAAAUAUGACAGUGAUCAUCCUCCUGCUUAAAGCGAAUGUAUAGGUACUAGGUAGUUAGAGUCGGACCUAGCUCAUUCUGUAUGGUAUUUGCAAUGACCAACUGUGGUACCUAAUGAGAGCCGAACCAGAGGCUGGAAUUCUCUUGGCAGUUUUAAUUGUCAUUAGGGACUUCU